AUGAACCCGUCGCUCAUGUUGCUACUCUCUGGUUUUGUUGUUGCUCUCUUCGCCGGCCCCGAGCCCGCCAUCGGGGCCAUUACGUCUAGCCUACAGAGCAUCUUGAGGAACACCCAUGGCAGCAAAGAGUACGGCUAUCCCACGGACCUCACCCGAGAUAUCUUGCCGAUUCCUGUUCAUUCUCACAAUGAUUACUGGAGAGAUGAACCCUUUUGGACCGGUCUUUCCAAGGGCUGCACAUCCACUGAAGCCGAUGUGUGGCUAUACAAUGGCACUCUCUACGUUGGCCAUGAUCAAUCCGCCUUAACAGCGGAACGAACUCUAGCGUCUCUCUAUAUAAAUCCGAUUCUGGAUGUUUUGGAGCGCCAGAAUCCCGAGUCUCCCUUCGUGACGUCACCCACCAAGAACGGCGUCUGGGACACCGUCCCCGACCAAACACUCUACUUCUUCAUCGACGUGAAAACAUCCGGGCCAGAGACCUUCGAGGCCGUCAUCGCGGCUCUAGCCCCCCUUCGCGAGAAGGGCUACCUCACCACCCUGAAGAACAACAAAACCAUCACCAACGGCCCAGUGACUAUUAUCGGCACGGGAGAAACCACUCUGGAGAUGGUAGCCCCGAUAGCAGACCGCGAUUACUUCUUCGAUGCACCACUCGCGGGCCUGAAUGACCCCAAAUACGCCGAGAUCACAUCCUUAGUAUCCCCCAUCGCAUCAACGGACUUUGAGAUGGCCGUCGGCACAAUCACCGCUGAUACAGAGCCCGUCCUGACAGAUGAUCAGCUCGGCGCUCUUCGUGAGCAGAUCUCUACUGCCAAGGAACGCGGCAUUGGCGUGAGAUACUGGAAUACGCCAUACUGGCCUGUGCGGACAAGGAAUCUGGUCUGGAGGACCCUGAUUCAGGAAGGUGUGAAGCUGCUUAAUGCGGAUGAUCUGGAUGCUGUUGCGGCGUACUUCUAG